AUGUCUCGCGGUCAUCGAGAUGGUUCCGGGAAAUCGGUCAAGUUCUAUUCCGCAUCCCUGAGUGCCGGUGCUGCAAGUGACAGUAAAUUUGUGGUCGAUAUUGUAAACCGGUUGAAGGAACGGAACAGCCUAGAGGUCCUCAUCGAUGGAGUGGAUCGAACGCCAAACAAUAUUGCACCCCCGUUGUUCGGGGAGGAAGCGUUUGUGUGGAGUCGUUUUCGGGAAAACUUUCAACCCGCCAGUGAAAAGAUGGAGGACGGAACUGCUCCGAGUGCCGAUAAACCGGACGGUUUUGAUAAUCUAGACCAUCAGCCCAACUACGAGGGUGUUAUCGAUCGCCGAAGCCCUUCGCUGGAAGCUGGCCAGAAAACGUUCCACGUCAAGAUUCGACUUACGGAAACUGACGACAUUGUGCUGUUUGAGAACCCGAGUCACGUCGUGUCGCUCGACGCGGAAGAAGCCGAUCUCGUGAAGGAACAGAACCGUUUGUUCGAGACACGCCCGAAAGCUCGCCGGACAGCGGACGCCGAAGCACAGACCCGUGACCUGCCAUGCAAAUCGCGCUCGGUCAACACGGAGUGCAUUCACCGGCAGGAUGUGGCCUCGUUCGUUUCCAACUACGACAUGUACGACACGUACAACGAUCUGGAGCGACAUACGAAGGAAAUUAAUGUGGCCGAAUCAGCUUCCAAGCUGGAGAUUACCACCUACUCGCGCGAGGGCAUGGAAGAUAUCGACGAUCGUCUGAACCGUAAUCCAAAUUUCCAUCUCUCGUCCAUGAUCUUGCAGCGUCUGCUGGCAGGCAAUAUUUACCGCGAGCAGCAGAUACGAUUUCGCAACAUGUAUCCACCGGAUCCGUGCCGGGUGGAUAUACGGUAUCUGUACCGGUUGGACGUGCUAUGGACGUACCGGACGGUUGAAACGAUGGGCAAAGCGGUAGCCUGUGCUAGUUGGUGUCCAGCGAAUGGAGACAUCGUUGCGAUCGCAUACGGAAUUUACGGUCACACGAGCAGCGAUGAUCGGGGCAUUGGGUACGUGUACGUUUGGAACAUUAAGAACCCGGUUAACCCGGAGCGUAGGUAUCGGUUCGAUUGUCCCGUGACGUGUGUUGCGUUUUCGCAACGUACACCACAACUCCUCGCCAUCGGAUUGUACGACGGGUUGGUACAGAUUCGUGACAUUACGGACACCACCCAGACACCGCUGGCUGUAUCGAAUCGGGACAAGUUUCCCGUUUACCAACCGAUUUGGGAUCUCAAGUGGGUUGAGUUUGAUAAUGAAAGUAAGGAUGAAGUGAUUGCCGUGUCACAGAACGGUUGGGUCAUGAAGUACACGCUAACAAUUGGCCAGUAUCUACUUCCGUACCCUCUGUUGCGGUUGGACCGAGUGGAAGGAACGCUGGAAGGACAGGCGACAACCUCGACCGAUCCGCAACCGGUUAAGAUACAGUCCGAUCUACACCCACAGGCACUCUGCGUAACGAUUCAUCCGGUGCAGAAGGACAAAUAUUACAUCGGUACGGACGAGGGUGCUGUGCAUUGGUGUAGCAUUAACGAUCCUUUCCAGCAUCUGGGUGUGCUGCAGAUGCACACCCGCGGCAUUUUCUGCAUCGAAUACUCUCCCUGGAGCCCGAAGAUCUUUCUCACAUGCAGUGGCGACUGGAGUAUACGAAUUUGGAUCGAGGAUCUGCCGGAACCGAUCGUUACGCUCAGUACUGGGUUCGCUCCGAUACAGGCCGCUUACUGGUCACCAACGAACAGCACCAUAAUCGCGAGCGUUACUCGAAACGGUGUGCAGUUGUGGGAUCUGAAACGUCGUAGCUCUAAGGCGGCUUCCGAGACCACGCUGGGCAGUCUGACGACGGCGCUGACCGUGAUACGGUUUACCAACUGUGGCCGAAGUCUAUUGGUUGGUGAUGCGGAAGGAAAGGCCCAUAUUUGUGCCCUGGAGGAUAUGCCUUUUCCUCCACACUUUCAGUACCGGGAACUUCAGGCGGCCAUCUACUCAAAGUUGGUAACUACACCGGAUCUUCUGUCGCGUGUGCGUCGGAUGGGAUAUCUCGGUUACUGA